GAUGGAAACGGAGCGAUCGCCCGACAAAGAAAACGGUAGGAAAAAAAGGCGUUCAAGCAAAGCCACGAAAUCGCCUUCAGUCGUUCAAAAAUUGAAAAAGAUAAGAAGAGUCAAAGCGAAUGAUCGAGAGAGGAAUAGAAUGCACAACUUGAAUGGUGCAUUAGAAACACUACGAGAUCGCCUUCCUCAAUUUGGAGAAGAAAAUAAGUUAACUAAGAUAGAAACUUUACGUUUCGCUCAUAAUUAUAUAUGGGCUUUAUCAGAAACUUUAAGAAUGGUUCAGAACCAACAACUUCAAAUGGAUGGUCAAAAAAAUUUACAACUAGCCGCUUCGUUAGCUCUUCAAGGACCAAAAAAUAUAAAUAAAUUGACGCCCAACUCUCCCUGCUCAUAUUCUCCACAACCUCAACUGCAAGAUUACAAUUAUUCUUUCAAUUUUGACUGUCAGCAGCAAUAUCAUCCUUAUCAUCUAGAAUAGAUUUAGAACAACCUACUGCAAAAAAAAAAGUAAAAACGGAAAGGAUGAAAAAAACCGAGAACUGGCUAACCUUCUGUCGUCUACUUCGUGCUUAGUUACUAGAGCUGCGUCUCUUUUUCUUUUCAUUAUUCA